UUGGAGAGCACUUGCCAAGUCAUCUUCUUCUAUCUCUAAUGGCUACCAAUACCACCACCUCCAUGAACUUUCUUCAUCUCAUACCUCCAUUAACAAACACAAAUUCAUUCCUUCAUGUCAAGCCUGUUUCUUUUCUCCCAAUCACUUCAAACAAGCGUUUCAAUGGUGAUUUCUCCCUCUCUGUUGCCUUCAAUCCUUCUGGCAGCUUUGAUUUCAAUUUAACUGAAGAUGAGAGUGAAACCGAACAAGUUGCUCCGCCAUUACCACCAACACAAGGCCGGUUAGAAAUUGAAAUCAAUAAUGAUAUCAUUCGUCGUCUUGAUCUUUCUCCAGUUCAUGCAAUUGAUAAAACUACCUCUUCUUCAACAGAUAGCUUCCCAGCUGAACCGAAAAAGCUCUUAGAACAAACGGUCGGUUUUACAAUCAACUACGAAAGAGAAGAUCCUCAAGAUCCUCGGGAACUAUCCGAAUUUCCUGACAUUCGGCUUUGGUAUGUAAGACUAGAUGCUACAUAUCCAUGGUUCCCUGUUGUAUUAGAUUGGAGAGCCGGAGAACUUGCUCGAUAUGCCGCAAUGCUAGUGCCUCAUCAAAUAAGCUUGAGGAAAGGAAUUGUGUUCAAUCCAGAGGCAUUGGAAUUGUUCGUUAUGAAUAAAGCUUUUUCCGCGUAUUCUUGGUUGAAGGAGCAAAAUGUUUCUAAGCCUAAAUUGAAGAUAAAAGACAUGGCUAGAAUGCUCGGCUUUGGUUUAUCAGACGAACUUUUUGAUUUGAUCGAACAAUAUCCUGAUAAUCAUUCAUGAGUUUUCGUACUGAAUACCGAAAUUUAGACUCAAUAUGAUGAUGCAAGAAGUUCACAGAAAAGCUUCAUGUGUAUAAAUUCUCAUCAAAUACUUUGAACCUUAUGUCAAAUUGUUUUUAAGGAUAAGGAUAAACUGUGAACUAGUAUUGAAACCAAUGUUCAUAAUAAAAUGCAACUUGUGAAGUGCACAAAGCACAAGACAUAAAGGUUAAUAUAAAAUUAAGCAC